AUGGCUUCAGCGGCGGGUACCCACUUUAUUCUCGAUUUCUCCUUUGAAAUCCUUCAGCGCAUGCUGGACGAGGAGAGUCUUCUUCUGGGACAGCUGGCCUACGUUGUGGGAGACUUGCACGACCCGAUUCUCGACGGCUGUGGUCGAAUGAGUGCGUCGGCGCGACCACAGCUUGCCCCUGACAGCCACAGGAACAAUAACAACAACAACAACGGGGGUGGUAGCAGCGGCGGCAGGUCGAAGUCGGUUACUAUUUUAAGUUUUGCACAGUAUUGGGAUUUAUUUGCCAACAUUGCAACCCUGUACGGGGCACAGCGCACCAUCGUAGGCAAGUUUGAGAAGGCCGUUAGCUGCAGAACCCACAUUCUUGAGCCGCAUCAGGUGUGGCUGCAGUCCGACCAGAAUGCCGCGAGAGGCACUCCCGUGGGCUUCUCAUCCGAUAGCAGAGUUGACGAGGAGGUGUGGGGGGCGCACUGCAUUCCCGAGGCAUUCUGCUCCGCAGCUAUGCGGCAUUUUAUGGCAGAGCACAUGAUGUACAGCCUACACUACACCCGUAACAUUGCCCCGCGUGUGAUGGAACUGUGGCGGCUGUGGCGGUGUCGCUUCGACAAGCAGAACAGUGCCCAACUCAGUGCGGAGGAACGCAAGCAGUUGGAGAGUCACAUGCGUUUCUUGCGUUUUUUGUGGGAUGCCUUUGGCAACGAGGCCGGUGUGCCGAGCGACCCACGCGUGGUGUGUACCCGGCUUCCUGAAACACCUCCUGCGAGUUUAUCCCGGCGAGGCGGUGCAACCAUCACUAGCAGAAGCGGCAGCUACAGCAAGCCCCCCGCGACCUCCUCGAUCUUGCAUGAGGCUCCGCCGAUCCCGCCAGACUGGCGCGGAUUUGAAACUUUGCUCGUCCUUCUUGCCACCCCUCUGUCCUCGCUUCGUCGCUACAUGCACGUUGCCCGCUGCAUCAUCGAGUCCCAGUGCCUUUCUGCUUCCGUGCAUCAGCGGCUGCAGACGGAGUUUAUUGAUGUGGUGGCGCCGCGUGUAGCCGAGGAGCAAAGUCUCGUGUUUGACGAGGUGGCGAGGGAGGAUGUCGCCCACAUUGUGGAGCUUAUUGACGAAGUGGCAGCCGCCACCCCGUCCGGGGUGGGCACAGCGAAGACCCCCCGCAUUCGCCCGGAUAGGGACGGCAGCCGCACGCUCGUGCACUACGGCCGUCUCGUCAAGCUAUUUCGUCGCGGCUGCCAUGAACGUCUCGUGUUUCUCUUUAGUGACUGGUUCUGCUACGUAGAGGAGCAGACGAACGGUCGAUUGCGGCUGUGUGCCUCCAUCCCGCUUGAGGCACUGCGGGUCGUCGAUCUUGACGACACUGCCAAUGAUGUGAACGGGUUCGAUAUUGUGACGAAGGAGCGGCGUCUCUCGUUCUUUGCGCCGACGCUAGAGCAGAAGCAGCAGUGGGUGAGCGCUCUCCGAAUCACCAGUGAGGCGUACAACGUGAAGCUACGGCUACUGGAGGCCUCGCAGCGUCAUGACGGCUUCGGGCGACACCAGCGACAACACGCUGCAGGGGGCGUCGCUCUUCACACGCGCGCAACGGCCCCGCCCUUAUCGCACAACUCCCGUCUGCGCCGGGACCAGCGAGCAGAUCGUGCCCUGCAGCGGCACCCCACAGCUGAGCUCGCCACCACCGCCAAGUAUUCUGCGGUGGAAUCUUCCGCCGACGCACCGGUGGUGGGGAGUGACGUGGCGAGGAACCCGUGGGCAGAUUUGGCGCGGUCGCAGCGCAACAGCUUUGAUGUCACACACUGGGCGCAGCAGUCGACCGACACAGUCCACAGGCGUGUUCGUAGCUCCAACCUUCUGCCUUCCUCCUGGCUGCUGGCCUCCCCACACGAGGCGAGCUCCGGCGAGGCGGAGGCCGUGGCGUUGGGCGCGGACCCCAGUAGUGGCAAAACUAUGAAUACAUCCGCUGCUGACGCCGACGCCGCUGCUAUCAUUGCUACCACUAUUACUCUUUCUGCUUCGUCUGCGUCUGCCCGCAUGACGGAAGGUGCCGCCACUGUGGCACCGCCCAUGGUGUCGGUGCCACUCUUGAUCUCGGAACGCUUCCAGGAGGGGAGCUUGUCCUUCUCGUUUAGUGCUGAAAAGUCCAAUUCAUCCUUUACGGGAAACCUCUCAAGGAACGAGGGAAGAGAGGGAGCAGAGUCGGUGCGUUCGACCUUGCUGUCUGUUAUUGCUGCGACCAAGGGCCAGAGAACAGGUUUUACCAGCGAAGACGAGGUGGUGCUGGACUUCAAUGACUGA